AAAAUGAUGAAGAAGGAAGCUCUCCUCCUCAUCCCCAACGUUCUGAAGGUUUUCUUAGAAAAUGGGCAGAUCAAGUCAUUCACAUUUGAUGGCCGGACCACUGUCAAGGAUGUGAUGGUGACUUUACAGGACCGUCUCUCAUUGAGAUAUAUCGAGCACUUCGCUCUGGUCCUUGAGUAUGCUGGGCCGGAGCAGAACCACAAGUUCCUGCUUCUCCAGGACAAGCAGCCUCUGGCUUAUGUGGUACAGCGGACCCAUUAUCAUGGAAUGAAAUGCCUCUUCCGAAUAAGCUUCUUUCCCAAAGACCCCGUGGAACUGCUGCGUCGGGAUCCUGCUGCUUUUGAGUACCUAUACAUCCAGAGUCGAAAUGAUGUUAUCCGAGAACGCUUUGGAAUGGACCCUAAGCCAGAGAUGCUUUUGGGCCUGGCUGCCCUCCACAUCUAUAUCACUGUCUCAGCUACUCGGCCUACUCAGAAGAUCUCACUCAAGAAUGUGGAGAAGGAGUGGGGUUUGGAACCCUUUCUUCCCCCCUCCCUCCUGCAGGGUAUUAAAGAGAAGAACCUUCGAAAAUCUCUCUCUCAGCAACUGAAAGCUCACCAAACUCAUCCUUCUAGUGGCACCAAGGGCUCUGCAAUUCAAGCAAAGCUCCAGUAUCUUCGAAUUCUGAAUGAACUUCCGACCUUCACUGGCGUUUUGUUCAACACUGUGGGCCUGGACGAGAAACAGUCAGCCACCACUCUCCUAGUGGGACCCCGUCACGGCAUCAGCCAUGUUAUUGACCUCAAAACCAACCUCACCACUGUGCUGUCUGAGUUCAGCAAGAUCAGUAAGAUCCAGCUGUUCCGGGAGAACCAGGGUGUGGCCCGAGUGGAGACAAGCAUCAUGGAUGCCAAGCCUCUGGUGCUGUUGAUGGAGUGGCCAGAAGCAACCAACUUUGCCUGCCUGAUUGCAGGGUACUGCCGCCUCCUGCUGGAUUCCAGAAAGAUGGUCUUCUCCAGGCCUUCCAGCCAGCCCCUUCCACCUCCAAUGAUCAAGGCAGAUUACAUGCACAGCGCCCACCGCCCUGUCACUGGGGGCCACCUGGGGAAAAAGGAGAGUAGUUAUGUGGGCAGCGUGGUCACCAGCCCCAGGAAGUCGAGCCGCUGCACGCCCCCGCCUGCCGACUCUGAGCUUGUCAGCUUCUGCUACCUCCACAUGCGGGAACAAAGGAAGGAGCAGGAAAACCGGACAGAUGUCAAUGAGAACUUAAUCUUCUUUGAAGAGACCAGGCCCCGGACCAAGUCUGACCCCACAUCCAAAAGUUCUGGCCAAGGUUAUGAGGUAGUACCUGAUGACUUUGAUGCAGCCAGCCUAGACCAUGAGCCUUGUGCCAGCAGGGCCCGGUCAUAUACCUUGGACAAUUCCCUUGGGGCUGAAGCCCUGAAUUUCUACUGUGACUCGUGCAAAGCCAAACUCCAGGAACAGCUGGGCCCUCGCAAAAGUGGGAGGCCAGGCACCACUCCUGACAAUAUGGUAGACUUGAUGUCCCUCCCACCACCAGGGAGUGAGGAGGAAGAAGAAGAAGAAGAUGAGACAACUUCUCUGUUGCCUGCCAUUGCUGCCCCACCCCCUGGUUUCCGAGACAACAGCUCUGAUGAGGAUGAUCCCAAGCGCAGGGCUGUCCAGAGUCAGGAGCAAGGACGUCACCUGCAUGGGCUCCUGUAUGAUGAGAUACCAGUGACCCUGAUUGACAGUGUGCAGACCCGGACUGUCCGAGAUCAUGCCCAGGAGCUUGAUGAUGCCCUGGUGUCCACCCUUCAGGCUCUGGAAGCCCUAGCUGCAUCAGAGGAUGGACCGCACCCCCCACCCCCACAGACUGCAGGUCUGAUUGUGCUGGCCACGAUCACUCCUGAAUCCUCACUGGACUCGGGCCAUGAAACCAACUCUUCAGAGCUCACGGACAUGUCAGAGAUGAUGUCAGCCAUGAAGCAGCACCAGAAUACCACCUACUUCCUGGCUCAGCACCUCAAUAAGGACAGCCUCCUUGCCCGCAAGGACCUGCCCUUCCGGAUCCAGAGUUGUGCAGCCCAGGCCGUUCUCACGGCCCCUUAUUCUCUUGGGCGCCCGGAUCCCAACCCGUCCCUCCAGCCAGCUGUCACAGGCCAGAGUCCUGGUCCUCCAGGUGCUCGGAGAAAGCUGCCCCCAUCCGAGGCUCAGGCACAGGGAGAGCGAACAUACUCCCUGGCAGUGCACCCGGCACUGUCUCCACAGCUGAAUGAGCAGAAGAAUCUGAGCCUUCUGCCCCCAGUUCCUGAGGACAAAGGGCCUGGCCAUAGCAGGGCAGGCAUGGAGAUGUCAUUGAGGGCAGCCACACCAACCCUCGGUGAAGAGCAGGUCACAGAGCUGAGGGACAACCUGCCCAAGGAGGUCAGGUUGAGCCCUAAGCUUAUCCUGGACCCAAAAGGCAGUGUGACCCCAGCUAUCAUCUCAGCUGCCCUUCAGCAGGUAGUGCACAGUAAGGGUCUAGGCACACCCAGCCGGGCUUUGGGGAAUCCCCCUAGCAGGGGUGAGAGAAGACUGGAGGCCAGUAUGGGGAGGCCAGAAGCUAACAUAGUGGGCAGCAGUGCCAAUAAGAAUCCGAAGAUUAAAGUGAGCCCUGGUGCUCCAGAGUCUUCACGGAAUUCAUCUGCCAGCCCCCGAACACCCAUGGGCAGCCGGGCUGAUAACCUCCACCUCUUUCCACAAGAGGACAGACUUUCUAUUCAAAGUUUCCCUCCCAAGAGCUAUGUAUCACGAGCGAGUCGGGAAUCAAUGGGCAAACAAGCUUCAGGGGAGAUGGCAGGCAAGGGCGGGCAAGAGGGGGCAAAGCCUCCCCUACACAAGCAGAGCACCAGUUCCAGCCAGGGGGAGAAGGGGCAACUGGAGAGCACCUCCAAAAGCAAUAAGCUUGAGGAGACCAGCCUGGUUCCCCGAACUGGCUACCCUAUGGCUCUGCAGAGCCCUAGCUGCCAGUCCCGAAGCCACAGUCCAAGCUGCCAGCCCCGUGCUCACAGUCCAAGUAGUCAGUCCCGAGGUCAGAGCCCCAGCUGCCAACCUCGAGGCCAGAGUCCACUGAGGCCACAGGCCGCCAGCCGGCAGGUGAGCACCAUGCCUUCCAGAAAGCUUGAAAGCACCCUGGACGGAGCCUACUCUGCCUCUGAAGGCCCCACAAAGCCCAAGUCAUCCCGAGGUCCUUUCCGACUUCGCAAUUUAUUCUCAGCUACCUUCCCCACACGCCAAAAGAAGGAGACAGAUGAGCGCCAGGCUCAGCUGCAGAAGGUAAAGCAGUACGAGCUGGAAUUCCUCGAGGAACUUUUAAAGCCACCAAGCCAGGGAGAGCUGCCGAGCACCGAGUACCUGCAGCCUCCAGCACCUGGCCGCUGCAGCUGCCAGCUUCGUAGCAGCCCCGUGCAACAAGGACCUGGCAUGUCCCGUGAACAGAGGCGGAGCUGUGACUGUAAGCGUAUCUGUCGAGGAGGCCGGCCCCAGGCUGCCCAGACACCGGUACCUGGCAUCCGUGGGAGGGAGAGGGACAGAGUCCCCCCUACCCAGAGGCAGCCAGAGGCUGGCCCAGGCUUGAGCCUCAGCAGCCCUAUCAAUGUCCGGCGCAUCCGAUCCACCAGCCUGGAAUCGCGAGAGUGCCGAUCAGAUCCUGAGAGUGGUGUUUCGUGCCUGACCACGUGUGCCUCGGGGGGUGAAUGUCUGGGAGCUCCCAACUACCGGAAACUGAUGCGCCGCUACAGUGUCAGUGAGCUGGACCAAGGUGAGAGUGCCUCACUGACCUCGGAUGUCUACCCGCACCCACCCCUGGGCAUGCUGCCCAGGGAAGCCAAGGAGGUAGAGGCAGGCCUCCCUCUCGCCUUGGGUCCCAAAAGCAAGUCUGUGGAAUCACCGACCUUGGGAGACCCCUCUUACGUCCAGGUAGCCCCUGAGACCAAAGGUCCCAGACAGAUGGCUGUGUUCUCACUGCCAGAGGAGGUAUACCGGAAGCCUGCGGACCUGGAUGAAGACAGUGAGAGUGGCAAGUGCUGCUCCAUACGCUACUGCUUCUAUUACCGCAAGUGCGACAUGGCCGAUGAUGCCAGUGAUGGCAAGGAUGAGCUCUCCUACUCCAUCCCCAUGAAGAUUCUGCCUGGCAUGAAGUUGGAUGAACAGGUAGUACCUGUGGUGAGCAGAACCCUGCAGGUGCUGGAUGCCGCUACCUGCAGCAGCAGCAGCCCCGAGGCUUCCCGUACUCAGGAGAUUGACCUUCGGGUGUCCACCUUUGAAGGGAGCCUGGCCAAGAUCAAUGCCCUGCGAGCCCAUGCCUAUGGCCUCCCUGAUGGCUUCCUGGCUGCCCGACUGGACACCAAUGAGCUGCUGACAGUCUUACGACAGUGUGUGGCCAGCCCAGAGGCCCGUGCCCCCAAGCCCUAUGUCUCCCAGAUCUCUGAGUACAAGCUUGAGCUAGCUCUCAAAUUCAAGGAGCUCCGAGCUUCUUGCCGCCGCGUGGCCAACGUGGACAAGAGCCCUACUCACAUGCUGGCGGCCAUCACAGGCAGUUUCCAGGUGCUGAGCAGCCUCAUUGAGACCUUUGUGCGGCUGGUGUUCAUCGUGCGCUCUGAGGCCCAGCGCCAAGAGCUGCUGGCCAAGGUAGAAGAGGUAGUAAGGAAUUACACCUUCCUCCUACGUGCGGCUGAGGAGUCCACAGCCCGGAACCUCAGCCAGCAGCAGCAGCAGCAACAACAACAACAACAGCAGCAGCAGCAACAGCAGCACGCAGCAGCAGCCACAGAGGCUGCCACGGGGCACCCACCAGGCUCCCCAACUUCGGCGACUGUUAUGAGCACAUUCACCCGCUCCUUAAAAACCCUUAUUAAGUAG